AUGUACAUCCCGAACGCCCAAAGCGUCCUUACCGCCGGCUUGGCCAUGACCGGCAUGCUGUCCGAACCCCGCGAAGUAACCAAGGGCUCUGUUCUCGACUACGCUGUCGAGAAGUGCCUGGACGCCGACGGCAACACGCGCUGCACCAAGCCCUUCCUCGCCGCCAAGUCGACGUGCUACCGCCUCGAAUGGAGUACCAAGGGCGCCUUGACACACACCACGGCCGAGGUACGCGACGCCGGCUCGGGCGAGAUCGUCUACUACCGCGAUACCAACGGCGAGUGGACCCCCGAGAAGGGCGAGCUGGUAUACCUGGACUUCAAGCCCAAGGUUCUCGGCACGGGGAACAACACUGUUGAUUGGUGGUGUCCCGUGCUCGCUUUGUCCCGAGUAGUUGACAUGGCAGGCUAUUUCUACGCAUCGUCGCCGAUCACGCCAGAAUGGCUGCGACCAUCAAUCAACGAAAGUCAGUCGAACAUAACUGAGGAAGACUUGAUUCACAUGUCGAAGAACCAGAUAUACAACCGCACCUGCCAUCUGUCGUCAGCGCUCGGGGUUUCCAAAACGUGGGGCACCACCCGCCCGAUCCACAAAGCCGAUCCCAUGUGGCACAUGCUUGUCUUUGCAUUUCCCCGAAAUUUGGUUGAAGCAGGCUUGCGCUUAGAUCCGCAGGAUGAGCCCUGUCCCAAGAAGGACGAGGACGAAGACGAGGACGUUGGCCUUGGCCGCACGCGCUUGUACCAAUUCUUCGAGGAACCGGUCGAUCGGACAGCCUUGACAAGGAAGAAUCUCGAUGCCGCAGAGCUCAGAUGCUCCAAACUCGAGACCUUGCUUCGUUCUCUCAACCCAGAUCUGGACAUUGAAGCAGCAAUCGCCAAUCUCGAAAGCUCGACGGCGAGCGAGUUUCAUCCAGACCCUGAUGCUGGCCCGGACCGAGAAUCCGAUCAAGGGGAAGAAAGAGGGGAGGCUAGAUAUGAGUGGCAUGAGGACACUUUAUUACGUCCUGCACCCGUUGCAGGGGCCCAGGAAAGCCCACAACUCCAACAUCAAGAGGAUGGCAUGGCCAAUUUUUCCACCUCUGAAUCGGGCUAUCUCGGGAGUAGUUCUGGCUCAAGUCUACUACAAGAAAUUGGAGCACUGGUCCCUCGAGCAGCUGCGGGAGGCAGCAUGUCCCAUGUCCCACCAGAUCAAUCAUCACCCAGCACUGCGAAUCUUGACCGGGCUGACCUGGCUACGUCUGCUGUUGCAAGCCUACUCAUCGAUGCUUACUUCCUAUUCUACAACACCUCAUACCCCAUCGUGCACGAGAAAAUAUUCCGGGAAAAAAUGGCAAGUGACUGGCGCCACACCAAACGACAUUCAGCCUGGUCUAUAGUGUACUAUAUGGUUCUCGCUAUCGGACAUUGGACCUCUGCGACAAACCAUACCUCUGUUAUGCCUUGUCCCUACUACUCAGCUGCCAGGAGUCGUCUGUCUGUCGCCAUGCUCGAGUCUGGGACCGUCGAGACACUCCAGGCCUUCCUCUUAAUGGGGAAUUACCUUCAGAAAAGAGAUCGGCCGAAUACGGGCUACAAUCUCAUUGGGAUUGCUUACCGAAUUGCGUUCGGCCUGGGUCUUCAUAGAGAAAUACCGCAUGCCGCGGACACCAUGGAGCACGAACGCCGGAGGCAGCUCUUCUGGACUGUCUACUGCUUUGAUAGCGGGUUCUGUAUCACCACUGGACGCCCCCCAACGUUAGUUGAUGGGUUUCUGGACCUUAGACUCCCUCGAAAUGUGGAAGAAGAUAGCCAUGCUCUCGGUUCUGAAAUGGUUCGAGAAGUUGAUCACCCAACCCCUUCUUCUGCCAUUGUGGCCAAUGCUGAGCUGGCUAAAAUAGCAACUACAUUGUACACCGAGUUUCUGAUGGCAAAGACAGCGGGAGCUCGCGUCGAGUAUCAGGUUGCCGAGGCCAUUGAUAAAAGCCUAAACACAUGGAAACAGGCGCUCCCAAGCUACUUCACAUCACCUGACGUACCAAGCUGGUUCAGUGGCCCGCGAGCUGUAUUGCUUUGGAAACAGGAGAAUCUACGACUUCUCCUGUGGCGGGGGACUAAGAGGCGACAUCCAUUCCUCCUGUCCAAGCCAGAUGGCGAGCAGCGGUGUGCUGAGAUUGCCAUGCAAAGUAUUAAUGACAUAACCUCCUUCUGUGAACAGCCUGAGUCAAUGUUGCACCUUGGUAUCAGUUGGUAUGCUACAUACUUCCUAUUCCAGGCAACACUGGUUCUCGAAAUCAUCAACUCUAUACAAGAUAAUCUUUCUGCAUCGGCGUCAUGGCGGACACAGCGGGAUUUCAACACGAACAGCUUCCAAACGGAGGACCCCGAACACCCACCAACUCAAUCUCGUCCAUCCUACGACAUGUUCUCUAAUCACCUAGCCAACGAUUCAGUCUAUUGGAAUGAAUUCGGAUUUGGAGACGGAGAUGCCACUGGGGACCCGACCAUACAUAUGCUGAUGGACCAAACACCUCUAGACAUCUUCCUCAGCGACUCAAACUAA